UGCAUCCAAUAUAUGUAUAUCUCUCUCAGUUUCUCCAUUGAUCACCAUCUAAACCAGAACCCCAUCUCAAAAUUGUUCUUCUCCAAUUCUUUUCUCAAUGGCUUCGAGCUCUUUGAAGCAUCUCCGACCGGAAGCAAUGUGGACGGCAAAGCAGAACAAGCUGUUCGAGAUGGCAUUGGCUUUGUACGACAAAGAGACGCCCGAGAGAUGGCAGAACGUCGCCAAGGCCAUCAGCGGGAAGUCGGCGGACGAAGUCGAAAGACACUAUGAGAUACUCUUGGAAGAUCUCCAGCGGAUUGAGUCGGGGUGUGUUCCUAUUCCAAAUUAUAGAGCUGCCGGAAAUGGUGAUGAAGAAUUGAGGCUGCUCAAGUCGCUUAAGUUUCAAUGAAGUUGGCUCAAAUGGCUGCGUGGAUUCAUACCUAUUUUACUCUACAACUUUAUCUUUUAAAGCCUUUUGUGUACAAUUAACGAUUUGCUUCAUUAUUAUUUGUUAAUUAUAUAUUACCCUUUGUUCAAUAUCGAAAGAUUCUGUUGACAUGACUCUGAUAUCAUAUUCGGAAUCA